AUAUAAAAAGGUCACAUUAUUGCGCUGGUCCUCCUCACUUUAAUUAUUUCCACAAAAACCCCUCCAAACCUAAAUAAUUUCCCACUCAUUCAUACCCCAACUCUCUACUUCUUUCCACACCCUCUCCAGACCUCACCAUGUCGGCCGCCACCGCCACCGCCGCCGCCGUCCAUGUCCUUGUCUUCCCAUACCCUGCCCAGGGCCACAUGAUUCCCCUCCUCGAUUUCACCCACCACCUCGCCGCCCGCUGCGGCGUGGCCGUCACCGUCGUCGUCACCCCCCAGAACCUCCGGCAACUCAACCCCCUCCUCGCCGCCCAUCCCCGUUCCGUCACCGCCCUCGUCCUCCCCUUCCCGGCGCACCCCGCCAUUCCCGCCGGCGUCGAGAACACCGUCGACCUCCCCGCCGGCGGAUUCCGCCAUAUGAUGGUCGCCCUCGAGGGCCUCCGCCACCCCAUCGCCGACUGGUUCCGUACCCACCCCUCGCCGCCGGCGGCCAUCAUCUCCGACAUGUUCCUCGGCUGGACCAACCACCUCGCCGCCGAGCUCGGCGUCCCCGGCUACGCUUUCUUCCCCUCCGGCUUCUUCGCUAUCUCCUUCAUCCGCUCGCUGUGGUGUCAGUCGCCGGAGCUCAAAAACGGCGACGACAGAAACACGGCGGUCGGAUUCCCAGAAAUUCCCAAUUCCCCGAUUUACCCCUGGUGGCAGUUAUCCCCAAUUUUCCGUAGCUACGUAAGAGGAGACCCAAAAUCGGAAUUUAUCAAAGAUUCUUUCCUGGCCAAUUUCGUAAAAAGCCAUGGGUUGGUAGGCAACACGUUCUACGCAUUGGAAGGUGUGUAUUCACAGUACCUCAAAAAAGUGCUGGGUCACAACCGGGUCUGGGCAAUCGGACCCGUAUUGCCCCGGUCCGACCCGAUCCAUCGGGGCGGACCCAGCUCCAUUUCGCCCGACGAGAUCCUCUCCUGGCUCGACACGUGUCAAGAUCGCAGCGUGGUGUACAUCUGCUUCGGGAGCCAGGCCGUGUUGACGAACAAGCAGAUGGCGGAGCUGGCGGCGGGGCUGGAGAAGUCCACCGUGAAAUUUAUUUUAUCUGUGAAGGCGGCGACGCAGGGGCACGCCGCCGGGAUGUACGGCGCCCUGCCGCCGGGGUUCGAUGGUCGGGUCGCCGGGAGGGGUUUGGUGAUUCGGGGGUGGGCGCCGCAGGUGCUGAUACUGCGGAACACGGCCGUGUCGGCGUUUCUGACGCACUGUGGGUGGAAUUCAGUGCUGGAGAGUAUCGCCGCCGGCGUUCCGAUGCUGGCGUGGCCGAUGGAGGCCGACCAGUUUCUGAAUGCGACGCUGCUGGUGGAUCAGUUGGGAGUGGCGGUUAGGGUUUGCGAGGGGCGGGAGACGGUGCUUCCGGCGGAGGAUCUGGUGAGGUUUCUGGAAGGAACUGUCGGGGAUGAGUGGUCGGAGAAGACGGCCCGUGCGGCGGCGCUGAGGAAGGCGGCGGCGGACGCCGUUAGCGACGGCGGAAGUUCGGUCAAUGAUUUGGAGGAUUUUGCGACUGAACUUUGCGGAGCUGUAUCGUUACAAUAAAUUUCAAGAUAAUUGAAUUAUUUGUCCACGAAAGAAGAUUCAAUUUUAUAUUUUUAGAUUUUUUUUUUUUUUUAUUCAACUAUUACGUAAUUUUAAAAAUUCGAUUAUAUGUAUAUUUUUUGUUACACGAUGUUUGAAUGUUAUAUUCUUU